AUGGUUGAUAAGAAGACAUCAGCUCCCAAGAAAGGAAUCAAGAAAGCCUUAAAGAAACUGUCAGCAAAGGGAGGCAAGAAGCGGCGAAGGUCGAGGAAGGAGAGUCACUCCACCUACAUGGACAAAGCGAUGAAGCAGGUUCACCCCGACACUGGCAUCAUUCCCAAGGCCGUGAGCAUCGUGAACUCGUUUGUCAACGAUAUUUUCGAGCGCAUCACGGGUGAGGAUUCCCCUCUGGCCCAUUACAACAUGCGCAGCACCAUCAGCUCCCUGGAGAUCCAGACCACCGUGCGCCUGCUGCUGCCCGGGGAACUGGCCAAGCACGCCGUGUGGGAAGGGACAAAGACAGUGACCAAGGACACCAGCUCCAGGUAA